GUAUGUACCGGAAUGGGUACCCGAACGCAGAAGCUCGUCCCGAUGUGGGGCUAUCAUUGUCAUGCACGUUUCUCAACUCUGUUUCAUACCGACACAGCUGCUGAAUCCAAGAUCCCUCGCGUUCUUCCAAACGACCCUGUAAUCGAGCCGCCCCUGCGCAAGAUCUGGGGUUUUGUGGAAUAGCUAUUAAGGCAAGGGGUGGUUGUGUUAUGACCGAGGGAGAUGACGGAUAAUUGUACGAAAGAAGGGGCUUCGGCAGGGUAUGAUGGGGGCUUUUUGCCUGUGGAACUUGGAGAUGCUGAGGGAGCUGGCUAUUCAGUUGCUCAGGUGGAUCCCACUGCCCAGAAUAGUGUGAAAGCAUUGGAUAGAAAGAUAUCAGAAGAUGUGGGAAGGGAUGAUACAUUUGUUGAUUGUCCAGAUGAGAUAGAAACUUCUGAUUCUCAACAAAAUACCGAUGAGAAGGAUAACCAACUUGAUGACCAACCUAAUGAAUCAAACAGUGGGAUCAAUGUCCAAAAAUUGGUCACCGAGAUAGAAAAUUUGCGUGAUAUGAAUGAUAAUGCUGUUGCUGAGAAAGAAAGAUUGGCGCAAGAAUACGAGGAAGAAAGGGCAGAGCUUGUGAGAGAACUCACAAACCUUUGCUAUCAGUUGAAGAUCCCAAAUGAGGCACAGACUAUGCCAGGUGAAAAUGUUAAUGGAGUAGUUGAUCAUCAUGCAGUGGCUUGGGAUAAGAUCACUAUGGGAUCUGGUGACUCUCCACAUGAUAUUAUUAGUGAGUGCUCUCGACUCCUGAAAAUUGUUUUGGAAGAUCAUAAACAAGCUGUGGAAAAAUCUAGAGAAUUUGAUUCUGUGCUAUAUAGUAAAGAUCAGGAAAUUCAUCUUCUCAAUGCUAAGGUUGCUGAGUUGUCUGAAUCUGUCUCAACUUCAAAAAAGGAACAGUUAUCACAGUGGUAUGAAGUUCAAUACAGUGAAGAAAUUGUUAACAGGAUAUUAGCGAUGUUUAACAUGAUGCACCGUCAAGAUGAUCAGUUAGAUGGAUCGCUUACUGAAAAAAUUUCCAAAAUUGAGUACUUUGUUACUGUUUUAGCUGAGAAAUAUAAUAAUUUUCUCUCUGAAAGUUACCAGCUUAGGGAAGCUAUGAAUGAGGUUGGAUUAGAGUUCAGAUUGACUGAUGAAAUUGAAACCUUUUCCCUGGCACGUGACAAAAUUCUUGAACUUGGAAGGAAGGAGCAGAAUCUGCAUCAUGAGCUAAGCAGCUUAGAAGAUGAAAAUAGAAAAUUGACGGAACAGCUUGAGAAACAGAGAUUAGCUGCUGAAAACCUAAAUGAGGAAAUCGAAAGACUGCAUGCUGAAGUUGAACAAGAAAAAAAUCGAUAUUCCAACACAAAAGAGAAGCUUAGCAUAGCCGUGACCAAAGGAAAGGCACUGGUACAGCAUAGGGACUCCCUGAAGCAAUUGUUAGCAGAGAAAUCAAGUGAGUUGGAAAAAUGUGCAAUUGAAUUGCAAGAGAAGUCAGCUGCUUUGGAGGCUGCAGAGAAGACAAAGGACUUGUUUGAGAAGGCUGAACAAUUUUCUGCUUCGCUACAGCAAUCACUGAUGGAAAAGGACGCCAUUAUUAAAAAUUGUGAAGAAAUAUUAUCUGAAAGUGUGGCCUCAGAAGAUCUACAACAAACUGAUAUAACUGGUAGAAUCAGAUGGCUUGCAGAUGAGAACAAGUCGUUAAAGGCUGUAGCUCAUCAAUAUCAUAAACUAAAUGAUGCAUUAUCAUCACUUGAUUUCCCAGAAACAGUGGCAUCAAAUGAAUUAGUUGCCCGUGUCCAAUGGCUUGCCCAAUCAUUUUAUCUGUCUAAUGAAGAAGCUGCAAGGUUGCAAUCUGAGAUAAAAACAACAAAAGAUGCUGCGUCUUGGGAGAUUGAUCGACUCACUACUUCUCUUCUUUCAGAAAUGCAAGAGAGAAGUUAUAUUCUUGCAGAACUGGAGGACCUAAGAAACAAAUAUGAAGCAUGUGAAAAGUCACAACAUGAGUUAGCUGAAGGUAGAGUAGCUCUGAAUAAUGAGGUUGAUCACCUUAAAAAAUCUAUCUCAGCUGAAUUGCAGGAGAAGAGCCAUCUUCAAUUGGAGUUAGAGAACUUGAAACGCAGUCAUGAAGAAGUUGUUCAAAAAGAAUAUAUAGCCUCUUUGGAGAAGCAUAAGCUUGUCAGCAGGUUACUAGAUGUAUCUGGAAUUGCUGCUGAUAAUCAUGAAGAUGUAAAUCCUGAGCAUGCUGACGUAGUAAGCAUUUUAGAUAAGUGCCUUGAAAAGGUUAGAGAAGAUUCAUGUCCCUCUGAACCAUCUGUUGUUGAGUUUGACAAGUUAGAAAAAUUCAAGAGUCUUCUGUACUUGACAGAUCAGGAAAUGAGUCUGUACAAGCUUAUUGUUGAGGAAGAUACAUUGGUUAGAGGACAACUGAGUAAUUUGACUCACGACUUAGAAAUAAAGGAUCAAGAACUUGAUGCCCUGAAGGAAGAGAAAUCUGGCUUGCAGAGAAGCCUUGAUCAAUUGGAGGACAGAUGUGCUUUACUUAAGGAAAAGUUGUCUCUGGCAGUCAAAAAAGGCAAGGGGCUUGUUCAAGAUCGGGAAACAAUGAAAGGUUCUUUGAAUGAAAAAGAUGCUGAAAUUGACAGAUUGAAUGCCGAACUGCAGCAAUACUUAGCUAAAUGCACUGAAUUCCAGGAUCAAGUUACUAAAAUGACCCUUGAUUUAGAAUCUAAAGCAUUGCUAGAGACAGAGCUUGUCACUGUGAAGGAACAUGCAGAUCAACUGGAGCAUUUCAUAGCCGAAAGAAGUAGUAUGCUACAAAAGAUAAUGGAGUCUAUUGAAGGUAUUAGUACCGCCACUAGUUUAACUUUUGAAGAACCCAUGGAAAAGAUAAAUUAUAUUGCUGGAUAUAUUAAUGAACUUGAAGUUUCAAAGAUGGAGAUGCAGCAGGAACUGAGUAAAGUAAAGGAUGAAGCCAGUUCACUGUACAACAAAUUGUCAGAAGCUGAGACUAGGUUAAUGACAGUGGAAGGUGCCUUAUCUGCUGCAGAAACAUUUAAAUCUCAAUUAUUGGGUGAGAAGGAGGAGCUUGAAGUUUCCAUGGCUCAUCUGGAAGAGGAAUUAGAAAAGGUAAGUGCGAAAGCAUCUUCUCAUUUAAGUCAAAUUGAAGAGCUUUCUGCAAGUAAAAGAGAACUUGAAGAAGCUUUGUCUGUAGCUGAGGAUAAUAUUUUGAAGUUCAUGAAAGAGAGCAAAAUAGCUGAAGAAAGCAGAAUCCUUACUGAAGAGCAGCUACAGAAAUUGAAAGAGGAAUUUCAAAAGCAAAAUGAGGAAGCUUUUUCUCAUGUAAGCAAGUUUGAAGAGCUUUCAUCAAAUAGAAGGGCACUUGAAGAUGCUCUCUCACAAGCAGAAAAUAAAGUGUCUAGGUUAAUGAGUGAGAGGGAGACGGCAAUAGAAAGUAAAAUUCUUGCUGAAGAGCAGCUACAGAAAUUAAAAGAUGAUUAUUCUGGAUAUGUUACAAAGCUUGCUGAUGCUGACAAAACUAUUCAAUCUCUUGAAGAUGCAUUGGCUCAGUCGAGGAAGAAUUCUUCAGAACUUGCUGAAGAACAUAGCAAGGCAGAAAUUGGCAGGGCUGAUUUGGACAGUGAGCUGAAGAAACUCAGAGAAGAAGUUGAUUCAUAUGCUAUCAAGCUUUCUGAUGCCUCCCUAACAAUCAACACACUUGAGGGUGCCUUGAAAAAGGCAGAGAGCAACAUCUCUGAUCUUGUUGAAGAAAAGAAAAAUGCUGAACAGGAGAUUUUGGCGCUGUCCUCUAAGUUGAAAUCUUGUAUGGAAGAAUUAGCUGAAACUCAUGGUAGCAAAGAAAAUCUAUCUCUGGAGCUCUCUGGUCAACUUAGCCGUCUUCAUGUAACUCUCAAAGAUGACACACUUGCAUCCUCUCUGGGACAAUGUUUUGAGAGAAAAUUUCAGAACCUAAGCAACAUGGAGUCUCUGCUUUCUGAGAUGUGGGAAUAUAUCCAGAAAAUGGACUCUAACAUGGAACAAAACAGUCCUGCCAUAAAGGAUGAUGCUUCAUUUUCCACUCUGGUGUCUAGACCGGAUACUACUAUGAGCCUGGAGUCAGAUAACGAUGGAUCUGCAACUGACAGCGAGAAUAUUUCAUCUCAUAUUGAGAAGUUGAAUGAGGGAUUCCAUCUAAAAAGCAAGGUAUUGGUUAAUAAAUGUGAUAGCUUAUCUGCACAUAUGGAUGAAUCGAUUGCAUUUCUCUCAAGAAGAUUACACAGAAUGAAGGAUAGAAUUUUAGGUAUAAUAAACGAAACAAAAGAUAUCAAGCAACAGGUGAAAGACAUAGAAACAUACAAGCAAAGGCAAGAGGACGCGGUGUCUUUGCUGGAUGGUGAUAUAAGAAUUCUACUUUCUGCUUGUACUGAUGCCACUCAGACGCUGGAAUUGAAUGUGCAAAAACGUGUAAUGGAACUGAGAUCUUCCCUUGAAUCCGUAAAACUAGAUGACAUAUUAUCCUCAGAGUUGGGUGCACUUGAGGAUGUACCAGCUUUAGGACUUGCUUCUGAUUCUGCCAAAAUAGCUGAGAAGUUAUUACUUGUGGCCAAACAGAAUCAAAAUCUUACCGAAGUUUUUCAGGCCGCAAUAAAUAAGUUGGCAAGUAUUAUAGAAGAUAUGCAGGAGAAAAUGAAAGAAUCUCAAGUAACUUGUGAUGAAGUGAAGAGAGAAAGAGAUCAAUACAAAGACACCAUCUCAAAAUUGGAGGGUGAUCUGAAGGCACAUCAAGAUAUUUCUGAUGUAAUGAGUGCUCAACUCAAUGGCUAUAGGGAGAAAGAGGAUAAACUACGAAAAAGAGAGAAAGAAUUAUCUACUGCAUUGUCCAAAGUUCAAGAAUUUGAAGGCUCUCCUUUGUCAGCAUCUCAAGUUAAACUGAUUGUGGAUAAGGUGAAUGGGGUUGAGUUCAUGGAUGUUGAUUUCCCUGUUCAAGAGUCACAUGAUUCAGCGAAUGUAAGUAAGCUGUUCCAUGUACUUGAGACUUUCAGUGCAUGUCAGCAGAAGGUGCAGAUACUCUCUCGUGAUAAUGAAGAGUUGCAAUCCGUAGUUGAUUCACAGAUUCUUGAAAUUGAAUCUCUGAAGAGGCAAGUUGAAGAUCAUUUGGAUAACAAGAAAGAUCCCAAAAUUUUGAACAAGUUGUUUGAAGUUGAGUCAGGUUUGCAGAAUAUUGUCCGAAAGCUUGGGGGCAGUGAUUUGUUGAAAGAUAUAAAAGGAGAUGAGGAAAUACAGCUGCUGCCCUUGCUUGACAAAUUAGUUAAUACCACAAUGAUAGAAUUUGAUGGUUUGAAAUUAAAAAAUGAAGAACUUGGCUCCAAAUUGCUGGGUACCCAGAAAGUUGUGGAUGAUUUGUCAAACAAGAUUAAAUUCUUUGAAGAUUCUAACCAGGCCAGAGUUGUUCCAACAGAGAUAGGCCCAGACACAGGAACCUCCUUGUCUUCUCAGUCUGAGAUAUCAGAAAUGCAAGAUGUGGAUUUGCAGGCAGCACUUGGUAAGAGCAACAAUAUGCCUCCAGUCCCAUAUGCAGCUCAUGUACGUACGUUGAGGAAGGGUUCAAGCGAUCACCUUGCACUAAAUAUUGAUUCCGAUUCAGAAAGAUUGAUAGGCAAUAAAGAAUCAGAUGAAGAUAAAGGUCAUGUAUUUAAAUCCUUGAACACAUCUGGUCUGAUUCCGAGACAGGGAAGAACAGUUGCUGAUCGAGUUGAUGGAAUAUGGGUAUCUGGUAGUCGGGCUUUGAUGAAUCACCCAAGGGGGCGGCUAGGACUCAUUGCUUAUUGCAUUGUCGUGCACAUUUGGUUAUUCGGCACUGUUUUAUAACACAGUGGCUAAGAUGUAUAUAUAUAUAUAUAUAAAUAUAUAGGCACAUAUAUUAAUUUAGAUGAAUAGAAGAGAGGUUCUACAUUGUGAUUCUUUUUCUCACUCCUACACAUUGCUACACGAUUGUAAAUGUUCGUGUGUCGCCUAGUUUGAUUCUCAGCAAUCCAAUAUUUGGGAUUCUGAGAAUCAUUUGAAAAACUAAAUAUGUUCUGUAAUGAAGAUGCUGCUUUAUCCAUACAUACAUGUAAUUCAAGAAAUACUAUAACUUA